AUGUGCCAGGGGACCUCACAGAAAGACCAUCUGAUCUACACUGCUGAACAGGAAAUAGUGACUUUAUGUGCAAUAUGCCUUUCUUCUUUUCACAUUCUCAAUAGUAUAUUGUACAUUAUAUUCUAGUACGCACAAACAACCAGACUUCAGAA